CUAUUGGUUGAUAUCUAUUCGGCUGGAUAAUUCCUUGAAGAUAUGAUGGAUAGCUUUUGAAACAGUCUUGGGGAAUCGGUAGGUGUUCUGUUAGUGGUUAGUGUUGUCACAAGGUGACAUGUGAGAGGCAGGAGCAGUUUCUGGUGAGGAAGCCCAGCCCAAGACAGUUGAGUUGUGAGAAGAGUGGACUAAGAACAAGGUUGAUAGUGUAGAAACCAUUCUUGAAGAGCACUAAGCAGUUUGUUCUACAACUUAGAGUAGUCUUUUACAGAUACUUGAAUGCUUGUAUCACAAGGAAAAGGCAUGUAGUCACGAUGGCCUAUGGCUGUAAUCCCAGCCAGCAUUCUGAAAACUGAGCCAGGACGGUCAAGCAUUUGAAGCCCACCUUGUCUCAAGGAGAAGGGAGCAGCAGCCAGUAGACACUUGUCCAUCUGCUCCGUGUCCCUGUGCUGCUUUUCCUGUGCAGUGAGGCAGAGAGUCCAGAUGCUCUUAAAGAGGAAGCACGGCGUCACUUGCUCUCUGUUGUGCAGCAGACAGAGUUAGUGUGGCUUUAUAAAGAAGGCCACCUUUUCUGAGCAUGACCGCUCCCAUGCCUCUCUGUGCGAAGAACUCCUGUUAGCUGUGGUCAGGCCUGUGGUGGGUCUCUAGCGGCCAGCAGAAAGCUGGCAAGUCACAUGGUUAUAAUUCCCCCUCCCUGAAGCCUAGGAGCCUUCCUGGAGUUCUUUUCUUGUUCCGCCCCCCACUCAUAUACCUGACCUUUAGACUACUUCUUAAUCACAUCUUGACCUACCUAAGCUUCAAUUGGAUCCCUGCUGUCUCCACAAUAUGAUAAGAAGAUGUCCGACCCCUGGCAGGAGUGCAUGGACUAUGCGGUCACCCUCGCAAGACGAGCUGGAGAGAUGAUCUGUGAAGCUCUAAAAAAUGAGAUGAAUGUUAUGAUUAAAAGUUCUCCAGCUGACUUGGUAACGGUUACUGACCAGAAAGUUGAACAGAUGCUUCUCUCUUCUAUAAAGGAAAAGUACCCAUCUCACAGUUUCAUUGGGGAAGAAUCGGUGGCGGCUGGGGAAAAGACGGUCUUCACAGACAACCCCACGUGGAUCAUUGACCCUAUUGAUGGGACGACCAACUUUGUACAUAGGUUUCCUUUUGUAGCUGUUUCUAUUGGCUUCGUUGUAAAUAAACAGAUGGAGUUUGGAGUUGUGUAUAGCUGUGUGGAAGAUAAGAUGUAUACUGGCAGGAAAGGAAAAGGUGCCUUUUGUAAUGGGCAGAAGCUUCGGGUCUCACAACAGGAAGAUAUUAGCAAAUCACUCUUGGUGACUGAGUUUGGCUCGUCCAGAAAGCCAGAGACUUUACGGACCGUUCUCUCCAACAUGGAAAAGCUUUGCUCCAUUCCCAUCCAUGGAAUCCGGAGUGUUGGAACAGCUGCUGUUAACAUGUGCCUUGUGGCAGCUGGAGGCGCAGAUGCAUAUUAUGAGAUGGGGAUUCACUGCUGGGACAUGGCAGGAGCUGGCAUCAUCGUCACCGAAGCGGGUGGAGUGCUGAUGGAUGUGACAGGUGGACCAUUUGAUUUGAUGUCUCGGAGAAUAAUUGCAGCAAAUAAUAAAGCAUUAGCCGAAAGGAUAGCCAAAGAAAUUGAGAUAAUACCUUUACAAAGAGAUGACGAAAGUUAGUUGGCACAGAACCGUGUCCAGCUCCAUCACACAUGCUGACCCUGGGAUGUUAGAGGUGUCUGAUGUCACUGUUUAUAUUUGUCUUUGAGGUCCUGAUUUUAAAAUGGGAACAUUUUUUUAAAAUGACAUAUGCAAAAUUAGAUGGAAUAUUUGAUUGUUGAAAGAAAAUUUGCAUGUAAGAAUAUCUUGGGGACAAUAUACAGGAAGUAUAAUUAAUGAACUAGCCAUGGAAUAGUCACCAGUCCACAUGAUCCCCUUAAAUUUUAAUGUACUAUUUAUAUGCACAGUUCUCAAUUAGAAAGUUUUCCUUUUGUAAAAGUUUUUCUCUUUAUUCCAAAAGCCAUAUUUAAUUAAGUUUGUAAGACUGUAGCAGGCAGGUUCUCUUGUUGCAGAGAGCCUUUUUGUUUUAUUAAUCACUGUAAUUCAGCAUCUGUCAAACAGUAGGCAAUCUAAAAUCACCUUACAAUAAAUACCGGAAGCCGCAGAUCCUGCUUCUAAUGGGUACAGCGUAAGAUGACUAUUCUAUAUCUUUGCUUCCUGUUUUGAAGUUACAGUUAUGUCACUGUCCUUUUUAUAUUUCAUAUUGCCAUGCCAUUUCAUAGAACUAUACUGCCAGAGAUGAUUGCUUAUUGUGGUCAUUUCUGCAGUUGGUAGACUACUGUAUGUUGUAGGCUCCGUCUAAACCCCUGUACUAGAGAGAAAUUUUCACAGUAUCUGAUAUAGUUAGUUGUAGUGUAAUGUUUUACUAAAUAUAGUAUUCACAUUCAGAUACUUAAACUGGUUUUGGCUGUGCUGACAGAUGUAUUGUGGAAUUAAUGGUGAAUGAAGUAUUUGAUUUCUUUCCAAAAUCCUUACUUAAUUUCAUCACUGCUGUCUGUAUAUUCUAUAAGGAUCUUGGGCCUCUCAAACUCAAGAGGGCCUCUCAAACUCAAGAAGAAAAUUUAAUGGUUCCUAUUCCUUUUUAAAGGAUUAAUUUAUUGUCUAGCCUUGGUCCUUGGCAUAUGAACAGAUACUUUGUUCUUAGUAUGUUUGAACUUUGUAUUUGAUAAAAUGAAGUGUUCUUGUAA